GUUCCGGUUCACGCGGCGCUUAAGGAAAGAAGAAGAAACGUCUCUGCCUCGUUUCGAAAAAGAACCAAAAUCACCGAACCAGGAAGUUGCAGCUCAUACAGACGAAAGGGGGCAGCAACAGCAGCAGCAGAAUAAGAAAAGUGUUCUAACAGCUGCUUGCAGUAGAAGAAAAAUCAGCAGCGAUGUUAUUCAACGAGGGGGCUGUGCCGGCUGCAGUAAAGAGCUGCCUCUACUAUGGAAGCCUGGAGGAGAAGGAGCGUGAGCGGCUGAUGAAAGCUGGAGCAGGAGGUGGGGCUAGCGGACGAGGAGGAGGAGCAACAGGGAGUGGAUCGACGAGUGAUGCUGUCAAGGCGGGAAUCGAGGCUGGCCACAUCAACAUCUCCUCCGGUGAGGCGAUGGAGCUUGAGGAGCGUGUUAGCGAGCGACAGGCAGAGGUUUUGGCGGAGUUUGAGCGGCGGAAGCGUGCACGGCAGAUCACCGUCUCCACCGACGAUGGUGAGGUGAAGGCCUGCCUCCGUACCCUGGGAGAGCCUAUAACCAUCUUCGGUGAGGGCCCUGCCGAGAGGCGCGAGAGACUGAGGAAUAUCCUGUCAGUUGUUGGUCCUGAGGCGUUGAAAAAAUCCAAGCGAGAUGAAGAGAAAGCUAAACGCCUGCAGGAUGAGUCCCCGCAGACCUGGUACCACGAAGGUCCGACAUCCUUGAAGGAAGCCCGCCUGUGGUUAGCCAAGUACACCCUGCCAAGGGCGAUGCAGAGGCUAGAGGCAGCCCGGGCCCAGAAGGAGGUUGGUGAAUCUACGCGGACGAUUCGCCAGCAGGAGCUCCAAAAGAACCUCCGGAAUCUGAAUAACUUUUGCAGUCAGAUUGGGGAUGAUCGUCCAAUCUCCUACUGCCAGUUCAGCCCUGACUCAAAGAUGCUGGCCACUGCUUCCUGGAGCGGCCUCUGCAAGCUGUGGUCCAUUCCCGACUGCAGCCUCAUCCGCACCCUUCGAGGUCACAACACCAAUGUGGGUGCGGUCAUUUUCCAUCCGGGCACUGGCGUCUCUGUUGAUCAGUCAGACAUCUGCCUGGCAUCCUGUGCUGCAGACGGCUCCGUAAAACUCUGGAACAUGGAGAGUGAUGAGCCGGUUGCCGACAUUGAGGGUCACUCAGUGCGCGUGGCACGUGUCGCAUGGCACCCAUCUGGAAGAUUCCUUGGCACUGCCUGCUAUGAUCACUCAUGGCGUCUGUGGGAUCUGGAGGUGCAGGAGGAGAUCCUGCACCAGGAGGGCCACAGCAAAGGAAUCCACGACCUCCACUUCCACCCUGACGGCUCCCUGGCUGCUACCGGGGGUUUGGAUGCAUUUGGUCGGGUGUGGGACUUGCGGACAGGGCGGUGCGUCAUGUUUCUGGACGGUCAUCUUAAAGAGAUCUACAGCGUCCAGUUCUCCCCUAAUGGCUACCAUGCAGCGACAGGAAGUGGCGACAACACCUGCAAGGUGUGGGACCUCCGACACAGGAAGUGCAUCUACACGAUCCCUGCUCACCGCAAUCUGCUGAGCUCCGUCCGCUUCCAGCCCACCAAUGGCCACUUCCUGCUGACUGGUGCCUACGACAACACAGCCAAAGUGUGGAGUAACCCCAACUGGUCCCCCCUCAAAACGCUGGCCGGACACGAGGGCAAGGUGAUGGGUGUAGAUAUAUCCCCCGAUGGGCGGCUGAUUGCCACGGCGUCCUACGACCGCACCUUCAAGCUCUGGGUGUCCGAGUAACCAUAGAGACCAGGGGGAGGAGUCAGCUGAGAGACCGGGCGACACUCCUGGUUGGAGGGACAACAGUCCUCAGUCGUCCCAUGAGAAAGCAGAAUGGCUGACAUGUCACUGUUUUUGUGUUGCGAUCAUUUUUAUGAAUCGGUCACCACAGGGGUGUGUGUGUCUGUGUGUGUGUGUCUGCGUGUGUGUCUGUGUGUGUCUGUCUGCGUGUGUGUCUGUGUG